CUCCCUUUUCUUCCACAGCAUCGAAUAGCACUCAGCCUCACUCUCUCUCGCUCUAAAAGACUUUCUCUCUCUAAAACUCUCUCUCUCUCUGCUGCGGCUCUUUAGGCUCUGCACAAAGAGUGAUAGUAUUGGGAUUUUUAGCUGAGUUUGAAGUUUGGAGGAUAUGAGUGAUAGUUGAGGGAUUGAUAUUAGAGCGUAAAGUUGUGGUGUGUUUGAGUAUGGGGUCUGCUUGUUGUGUUGCUGCUAGAGAUAAGACUAUACCAAAUGGAUCGAGUGGUGAAAUUUUGCACCGGAACAUUCGGUAUUCGCCAACAUGGAGCUUUCGAUGGGAUAACCGAGGGCGAGUGGCUGGCGAAGAGACUUCUAUAGGUUGGUUCUCAGAUGGGGUGAGCCGGAAUGAUCGAUCAGAGAUUAAAUAUGAGCCAUCAUCUGCUGAGGAGGGUAGCCCAUUGGAGAAUUUUCGAAGAUGUACAUGGCAGAAGUCCCCAAUUUCCGAGGGAACUGCUGGGCAUGUUAGGACUCCUGCUUCAGGUACCUUCCAAAAUUAUAAAUCUAUUUCACGGAAUAUUUCUAUGGAUGCGAGUUUGGAGCAGGUGAAGGAAUCUCCAACAGUUUCAUUUCCGUCUCCUAUGAAACCAUCACUUUCAAUGCCUUCUACUUCAUCUUUGUUGGCGUCUCCCUUGUUGUCCCAAGGUCACCUGCCUCCUGCCAGCUCAACCCCUUCAAAGUGGCCCCGCCAUUCUCCAGGACAUCAGCUUUUAAGGCAAGUAUCUGAUAGUCAAAUCCCUGGAUUCAAGUCUCCCGACAGCUACUCAAUCUCCGAAGAAAGGCCAGACUGCUACUCAGUUUCUGAAGAAAGGCCAGCGCUCCCUUCGUGGAGCAAUGAAUCAGCUAGGGGUUCCCGUGGGGGGUCUUCAGAUGGUUGGUCUAUGCAUGCAUUUUCUGGGUUAAUGGCCUCUUCUCGAAGAGAAAGGUGGUCUUUUGAUAGUGAGUCCUUUGGCUUUAAUCGUGAGAAGUUAACCAGAUCCAGUAGCCGAUUUUCAACUUCUCCUUCUGUUGAUCUGCAAACUUGUGGGGUUUGCUCAAAGCUUUUGACUGAGAAAUCCUCAUGGAGUGGCCAAAAGAUUAUUGCUAAUAAUGAGCUUUCUGUAGUUGCCGUGCUUACUUGUGGGCAUGUAUAUCAUGCUGAGUGCUUGGAGAAUAUGACACCUGAAAUUAAUAAGUAUGAUCCAGCUUGCCCAGUCUGUACUUUUGGGGAGAAGCAGACCCUGAAGUUGUCUGAAAAAGCACUGAGAGCUGAAAUGGAUUUGAAGGCUAGAAAUAAGAGAUCAAGGAACCGAGUUGUGGAUAGCGAUCUUGAUGGUGAUUCUUUUGUGCUUGAUCGCUUGAAAAGUGGUGAACGUCAUGGGAAAGGUCCCAAGAUGGCCCUCAGUUCCAGCAUGAAAAGCUCCUUGGGGAAGCCUUUCCUGAGGCGGCACUUUUCAUUUGGCUCAAAGGGGUCUAAAAGCUUGUCAGAGAGCCAUUCUGCAAGAAAAAAGGGAUUCUUCUGGGCAAAAUCAAGCAGGGAGUGAGCAAAAACCCUAAACUGCCAGGAGAUUCCAGUGUUGAUCUCUACAUCUCAGUUGGAGAAAGAAUUGUGAAGAGUGCAAGAUUUCCUUCUUCAAGAUUUUGUUAUGAAAAUCUGCUUCUGCAUACACACACUGAAAUUUCAACAGCAUUAGCUUGUUGGUUUAGACUGUAAAGAAGAGAAAAGAAAAUAUAUAGAAGGAACAGUUCAAUAUAAAAGAAAGUAGAAUGAAAAUGCAUCAUUAGACUGGUGAUCUCAUUCUUAUUUUGUACAGAUUAUUGUUUCUUGCAUGGACACAUAAAUGAAUUGAUCCAAAUGAGCCUUUAUAUGGUUAAGGGAACUCU